UAAAGUGAUUAAUCGAUUGAGGAAGUGGACAAAACGCCUUUAUUUGUUUCACCCUAAAGCAUAAAAAUGUCCCGAGCAAUGAUUCCAAGCCAACAAAAGUUGGCUGAGAAGCUCACAAUUCUAAAUGAUCGUGGAAACGGGAUGCUGACUCGAAUUUACAAUAUUAAAAAGAUGUUGGGCAACCAUGACAACAAACCACCAUUUCUGUCUGACAAGAAUAUGGAGCCAGCACUACGAGUUUUGUUGAGGAGAUUCCCACAGUAUGACAGCAAAGCUAGUCAGCUGGGCAUUGUGAACUCUAUGAAGGCUGAAAUUGCCAAAUCCCUUUCUUUAUAUUACUACACCUUUGUGGACAUCUUGGAUUUUAAGGAUCAUGUGGUUGAUUUGCUCACUACCAUUGAUGCUUGCCAAGUUCACAUGGAUAUAACAUUGAACUUUGACCUGACAAAGAACUACCUUGACCUGAUCUCGAGCUAUGUUUCCAUCAUGAUCCUGGUGUCCAAGGUGGAGGACAGGAAGUCCGUCCUGGCCCUGUUCAACGCUGCACAUGAAUUCCUACAUGGAAAAGGGGAUCAGAUGUAUCCUCGUUUAGGCCAGAUGUUUCUUGACUAUGACCCACCAAUGAAAAAACUAGCCGAGGAGUUUGUACCACAUUCCAGGUUUCUGAUGCCAGCCCUGUUAUCACUGAGCAAAGUGUAUCCUCAGCGUAACCAUCCCGCCGAACAGAUGAGAUCUCAGCAAGUUCUCAGUAUCAUCUCGGAGCCUUCCAAAAUGUCUACUGUGGUUGGCUUAGACAUGAUUCAGUGUGAGUACCAGUCACUGGACACCAUGGAGAAAUGGAUUAUUUAUGGUCUGAUGCUGUGUUACAACAGCCUGUCAGAGGCUCAUGUGUGGGAUCUGUGGAAGACGGCGCUCGGCUCGGGUUACAUUCUACAGUUGUGUCGAGAUGAAGUGCUGCACAUACACAGUUAUAUCGUCACCUUCUUUGACAGUCUCAAAGGGUACAGCCACCACAACAAACGAGUGACCGAUGUCAAAGAACUCCAGACACAUGCUCUGCAAACAUCUCCUGGUAUUCAUCGAGAAAGAAGAAAAUUUCUUCGAUCUACACUGAGAGAACUGUCUCUUAUCUUCACAGACCAGCCAGGCUUGUUGGGGCCAAAGGGUCUCUUUGUAAUACAAGCUUUGUCGAUCGCAAGAGAUGAGGUGAACUGGCUUCUGCGUCAUGUCGUCAAUCCACCAGGCAAACGCCACAAUAUUAAACUCCCUCCUGAAGAGUUCCUUGACCGGCAACUUCCUGAGCUGUUGUUUUAUAUGGAAGAACUAAAAGGUCUGGUGAAGAAGUACAAUCAAGUGAUUCAACGUUACUAUGUGCAGUUUCUGUCUGGUUACGAUGCUGUCCACCUAAACCAGCUAAUUCAGAAUCUGGCAAUGUGUCCUGAAGAUGAGAGUGUUAUUUUGUCAUCAUUCUACAACACAAUCUCUGCAGUAACUGUCAAACAAGUUGAGGAAAAUGAGCUGUUUGAUUUCCGAGGAUUGCGACUAGACUGGUUUCGGUUGCAAACAUACACCAGUAUGAGCAAGGCUGGGCUGAUGCUACAAGACCACCAAGUGUUGGCCAAGCAGAUGAACACGAUUGUCUUCCACACCAAGAUGGUCGACUAUCUCGAUGAACUGCUCAUUGAGACUGGAGAUCUGUCAAUAUACUGUUUUUACACCACUCUGUUUGAGCACCAGUUCAAGCAGUGUAUGGAGUUCCCGGCUCAGCACCGAUUCAGCAUCAUCUUCCCCAUGAUAUGUGGACACUUCAUGAAUGCAACACACCCACUCUGUCCAGAAGAGCGGCACUCAAUUGGGACGACCAGUGUCCAGUAUGCUCAUUGGUUCUUGAAGGAGAUGUCGGAAGAGGUGAACCAGGUGAUCACGGCAAUCUGCGAGGAGCAGUGCAUGCUCAGUUACAAGCUUCUGCCAAAACACAGUGCAGCCCUGAUCAUGAAGUCGAGUCAGAAGAAUAAAAAGGUAAAGAAGGGAGACAAAAAGGAAGUUAAGGACAAGGAGCCUGAGAAACCAGGACAGGAGAGUAAACGGAAAUACAGGGAAAACUUUACCAGGAUGGACAAACUGCACAUGGCACUGACGGAGCUGUGUUAUGCCAUCAACUACUCGAACAUCAUUCAGGUGUGGGAACACGGCUUUGUGCCACGAGAGUUCUUCCUCCAGCAGCUGGAGCUGCGCUUCAACAAAGCAUUGGUUGGGAUGAUGAUGUACAACCCUGAAACUAACGAGAUCGCCAAGCCAUCUGAACUGCUGAAUGGUGUCCGUGCAUACAUGAGUGUGCUGCAGUGUAUUGAAAACUACGUUCACAUCGACAUUGCGCGAGUUUUCAAUAACGUCUUGCCACAACAGACUCAACCCACUGACAGUACAGGAGAGAAAACUAUCACUUCAAACUACACCAACUGGUAUUUAGAAGUGUUGUUAAGACGAGUGACUGUGAACCCGGGGCAGAUUGUGUACUCACCACGAUACAAAGCGUUUGUCAGUAUCUUCUCGGAGGGACAGCUACCAUUUGCUGCUGAGGAAUAUGCUGAUAUCACAGAGUUACGUGCCCUAGCCGAGUUGAUUGGUCCGUAUGGAAUGAAAUACAUGGGAGAGAGGCUGAUGUUGAAUAUUGCCAGCCAGGUUGAUGAGCUCAAGAAAUUGGUGAUUCAGAACAAGGACAUUUUGCUUCAGCUGAGGACAAGUUUCGACAAGCCGGAUACGAUGAGAGAGUUGUGUCGCAAACUGCAAAAGAUUAAAACUUCCUCAUCAUCUCAUAAGAAUGCUCCAAGUGAUGUGGAUAUCGUGUUGAUGAGAAUGAUCAUCGUUGGUGUGUUGCUGUCAUUCAGGUCGCUGGCACAGGAGGCUCUGAGAGAUACUCUGGAAGAUCGUAUUCCAUUUCUGAUGGGAUCUAUUCGAGAUCUGCACCACUAUGUGCCAAGCACCAAAGAAGCUCUGCCCACUUCUUUGAAACAGCAGGUGGUCAAUGAACUGGCCUCAUCAGCUGGACUUCAGUGCAAUGUGGAUCCAACUCUGUGCAAUGCACUUAGAACUCUGAAAAUAGAGCAUGCUGAAGAUGAAUACACAGUGGCGUGUCUACUGAUGGUUUUUAUCGCGGUAUCCAUCCCGAAGCUGGCUAGGACGGACAUAGCAGCGUACAAGGCCUCCCUAGAAGGUCAUCAAAACAAUGCCCACUGUCUUGCCAAGGCAAUCAAUGCUCUGGCCGGUGCUAUGUUUACUAACCACGGACCUGGUGAUGUGGAAGACAGACUGAAGGAAUUUCUAGCAUUAGCAUCGUCCAGCCUGCUGCGUCUGGGCCAGGAACACGACAAGGAAGUCAUCAAGAACCGAGAGUCUGUGUACCUUCUGCUGGAUCAGAUUGUACAAGAAUCUCCAUUCCUCACCAUGGAUUUACUCGAGUCAUGUUUUCCGUAUGCUCUGUUGAGAAAUGCGUACCAUACAACAUACAAAGCAUCGGCUACCGAACCUUGAAAGUAUCCAGAUCAGGGCCCUUGGAUUUUACUUUUACAAAUAUAUAAACACAUUAGCUGUCGAGACAAGUUUCAAAAACAGUUUUUAAAAUCAAAUUUACAAGUCAGUGCUUCGUCAUGAGUUAGUGUUUCAUUGGCAGAACAUUUUGGGUUUUUUAAACACUAGUCAAGGAUGAAGUAAACUGUGGUGUUUGGUGUUGAAAUCAUCUACAAAACAGCGUUACAGAAUGAAAUCAUCUACCAAAAGAGCACUAAAUAACUUUCUUUCAGUAGUCAUAUCUUCUUCAACUUCUCUACAUAAAAAUGUUAUGUCAAGUUAGAAAUACUUAUUUGACAAUAAAUUCUGAUUGCAUUGUCACAAAGGAAAGAAUCUAUAGCUCAGAUAACCGGUGACUGUUUUAAGAUAUCGGCUUUAUUAGACAUGUUAGAAUGAUGAAUGAAAUUGCAAUGAGAAGUCAAGGUUAGACUGUAUGAAAAGAGACACCAAUCAGAAUUUUGUAAAUUUUUAUAUUAUGUAGAAUUGUAUAUGUAUCUGAUAGAUAUUUGGACAUGAACAUGUUCCAGUGUGUACACAUGUGCAUAAUUUGAUGCCUAAUACAAAUUAAUGGUAAAUUAAUACCCAUUGUUGAAUUUAGAAACAAACAUCUACUUUUGAAACAAUUGAGUUUCACUGAGAAAGAUACUGAGGUGUUCUACUUUCAAUAUACUUUUUUUUUUUUUAUCAGUUUAAUUUUUUGGUCCUGCCUGUGAUGAAAGACAUUAGAUUUUACUUUAGCAUCAACUUUUGAAUUUAGAUGUUACGUUUUUGCAGUUAGUGCCAUUUUUCUAAAAUGGGAAGUGUUUGAUCAACUAAUCUUCUCACACCAUAAAUAAAGGAACAUAGUUUGUGACUUGAGCUUACAUACAUGUUUAUAUGACAAACGAGUACUCACAGUCUAGAUUUCUAAUUUAGACAAGUGAAAAAAAAAAUUGUAAAUUUUAUUUUGAUUUCAUUUAUGUAAAUAGCUUAUCAUCAAUUUUUCAAACACCAUUGUAAAUUCUUAGUUUUAAUAUUCAUACAGCAUACCAGCAAAUUUAGCAUGUUUUAUGUAGAAACAUAGAUAUGGUUUAUGUAGAAACAUAGAUGUAUUAUUUUAUACAUUUAUUGCAUGUUCUAGCCAAUUAUUUAUUAGCAUAUUUUUAUUUAUGUUUUUGAAUGGACCAAGUUAUUAUAGAAAUUGAUGAGUUGACAAUACUUUCUCUCUAAACGAGUACUGUGCAAAUAUUGUUGUCUAAUCAUUGUGUCUAAUGUAAACUAAUAGAUUUUUUAAUCCUUUGUUGUUGUUAAACAAUAUUUGUUUUUGUAAGUUAAUAGACAUUACAAUCAGAGGUUAUUAUUACCAAUAUUCUGUUCAGCAUAACUAUUACAAUUAUUUCAUAGCUGUAAGAUAACCUAUAAAACAUAUUUAAAACCUUUUAUUAUUCACGUGCACUAUACAGCUUUUUACAGCGUAAAGGAACUGUUACUGUUGGUUAAAAUUGUCAUUGUAAAUGUCUUGGACCUUCUUCUGUUUCUCUCAUUUCUUAUUUAUUAGUCCCCUACCAGUCCAACCGGAGAAUACUACAGGCUUCGUCUCCAUCCUUCUGUCCGUCUGUCUGUCCCACAUAUAUUUUUACGGAGUUUUUUCCCGCUGUCUCAAGAUAUUGAUUUGAAAUUUUGUGUAUAGCUUUAUCAUGUACUGUUACAGAUAAAGUUUUAAUUUCAAUGCAAUAUCCCCAUUUUGUGGCAGAGUUAUGGCCCUUGAACUUAAGAGAUACAAAAAUUAGUUGGGCCCGGUAGGGGACAUGUAUUACUUUAAAUAGCAAUACUCUUGGAAUGUUUGUUACAUUGUAUUUUCACGGUGGCCGACUAUGUCAUUGUUUUAGUGGAUGGAAGUCGGCAAUGGUGGGGUCCAAAUAAUUUAUUAUUUCUUGCAACAUCUAAUUUAUUAUCGGAGCAUUCUACAUGUGACAGAGUUUGUGUAACUUUUGAAACAACUGUAUUUUUCUGUCUUUAUUAUUUCAAAUGCAUCUAAUGCUGAUUCCAAAAACAUUUGGCCAACAUUCUCUUGAGAAAUGAGCUCGCUUUCUGAAAGAAAUUUGGCCACAGUGUUCUCAAUAAAACAUGCUUACCAGCAUUUGAAGAAACAUCAAAGACAAAAAGCUUUUAUAUGACUAUGAUGUAGUUUGGCCAUUGUGAGUUUUGUUGUAUUUAUAUAGAGGCCUUUCUUGUAUAACCAUCUUUAAACUAUUUUUAUUAAGAAACUAUGAAUAGCAUGAUUUAAAUUGCAGUAUACUAGUGUAUAAACUGACGAAAUCUUCAUAAAGCUAUACUUUAUGAGAUAUAUUUAAUUUCCUUAAGUUUAGUAAUCACUAUAAAAAUAAAAUAAAAAAAAGGACUCCUAAUACACUCGUGUUCUCCCUUCGCUUUUAAUUUUGAAAUUCACUUACAAGCCUAAAUAAAUAUAAAAAUAAAAUAGGUAGCAUGUUUUUUUAAAUGGUUUUCUGUUUAUUAAUAGUGGAUUCACGCAGGGCCGUAGCUAGCAGGGGUGGUGGUGGUGGGGGGGGGGGGGGCAAAAGAAAUCCCGAAAAAAUUAUAUAAAGUUAAAGAAAAUUCUCUACUUAACCAUUUAAGGAGUUUUUAGACUAUUAACUACUCGAUUGCCUCCACCCACCCCCAACAAAAAAUCCUAGCUAUGGCCCUGAUUCACAUCUGAAGUCUUGCCUGCAACAGUGUGGUCAUGUAUCUCCACAUAAACAUUUAUUUCAUGGUUUCAGUAAUGAAAGGAAUGUUUAAUGACAUCACAUCACUCAUUAAGGUUACGCUUAUUUGGUGUAGUCAGACCUGUGUUAAGCAGCUAUAGUGGUAGUAUCAAACAGUGGCUUUUAAAAACAGAUGGCUGCUUAAUACAGGUCAGUUUAUACUAUAUUGGAUGGUUUGGAGUAUUAGGUGGCUGCUUAAAACAAGUGUCCACAAGAGCAUGUUUGACUGUACUCUUAUUAUGAUCCUUGGUCUGCCAAUGUUAAUCCUACAGAUUAGUAGCAAGGGACCUUUAUAUGUACCUUACCAGAUACAGGGCAGCACAUACCAUGGUCUAUAAAUUGACCCAUUAGGUCUUCUGGGGGGAUCUAUGAUGUUAUGACUUAUUACCAGUGCUCUACCACAGCUACAUCAUGAAUGAAGUAUUAAAAAUGUAAUAAGAUUUUUAAAUGUGAAUCUCUUAUGACCCAAUUCUUUCAGAAUCUCAACAAUUCAUUUGGUAGUUAUUUUUCAUGUGAUUCAAAAUCUCUAUAUGAAUAUUAUUUUACUAGAACUUAAUUUUUUUUAUAUUACCUUCCAGAUAUCAGACUCAACCAUCCAUAUGACAUGUUAAUAUGUAUGCAACCACAAUAAUUAUUGUAUUAAUUUAUAAAGAAAUUUGUAUAAUGUUGCUAAAAAAAUAAGUAAUUUAUUUUUUAAUUUAAUUUAUAGUUAUCUUACAACAUUAAGACAAUUAUUUGAAUCUUGCUUUUAGCCAGUUAACAGAGUAUAGACAAUAAUUAUAAACCUUUGGAGUACAAUAUUGUUUAAAAAGGUUGAAUUUUAUUUUAAGUGGAAAAUGUUUUCUAAAAUUAUACAUAUUUUAUUGUGAUUAAUAACUGUACAUUUUAUUUAAAUAUCAGAUCAUUGUAGUUUUUUGUUGGCUGCCUGCUGGCAGUGACUUGAAUGACUCUUUACAUACUAUAAGACCAUCUACAUUUUGUAAGUUAACCAUACAAUCCCACCUACACACAUAGAUAAUGGAGGUCUAGUAAGUUGUAGAACUUGUGCCUAAUCCGUUUUUUUUAUUUAAACAGUAAAAUGUUUCAAUCAAAAAUAUACAUAACUUUUUUGCAUAGUUUUUAAAACUUUCAUCCAUUGCUUUCUUUAAUAUGUACUUAAAAAGGCGCCGCAAUCUGGACUCAUAUUUUUUAAUUUGUACAUAAUAUAAUUGUUGUUGGUCAUUCAUUUCAGAUGCAUGUUGUACACUGUAAUUUACUUUACAUGAAUCAUCGAACAUAAAAAUAAAGACGACUUUUCUGUACAAGAA